AUGGAGAAAGUGAAACUUAAACUAGGAAUGAAAAAUUGUUAUGUGGUGGAUAGCAAGGGUGCAAGUGGUGGCAUGGCUUUAUUUUGGAAGGAUGAUUUGAAUGUGUCGUUGACAUCUUAUUCUCAUUUCCAUAUCUCUACCAAGAUCAAACAAAGAGGUAAUAAGGGGGAAUGGCUCAUGACAGGUUUCUAUGGCCACCCUUUGAUAUCCAAGAGAAGUAGUAGUUGGAACUUACUGAAUACUUUAAAACCUACUGAUAAUGUACCAUGGUUUUGUGUAGGAGACUAUAAUGAAAUCCUCUAUAAUGGUGAAAAGUAUGGAGGGGGAAUGAGACCUUACUCUCAGAUGGAAGCUUUUAGACAAUCCCUAAUUUUGAAUGGGGUGAGUGAUCUGGGCUACGUAGGAGACAAAUUCACAUGGUGCAAUAACAGACAGGGUCCUCAAUUCACCAAGGAAAGAUUGGAUAGGGCAUGUGCAAGUGCUAAAUGGAUUGAAAUGUUUUUAGAUUCCAUGGUGAGUAUAGAGGCUGCCCAAAAGUCAGACCAUAGGCCUUUAAUAAUAUCCAUCUCCUCGAGAAGUCAGUUCUUUACCAGAGAAGAAUGGCCUUUAAGAUAUGAGGCCUGCUGGGCUACCAGAGAGGAGUGUCACAAGAUUGUAAAUGAGGCAUGGAAGGGGAGUGUUUUGGUACAAAACAAACUCGAUCUGGCUAUUACAGGUCUGUCCAGAUGCAAAGAUAAACUCAAAAAAUGGGGCAAAGCUAUAGCUAAUGGCUUAAGUAAAGAACAUCAAGCCAAGAGACAACAGUUAUCUUACCUACAGAAGGCUAAUAUAGGGAAUCUAACAGAGGAAAUAAGGGCCAAAAAACAAGAAUUAGACAAGUUGCUUGAGGAGGAAGACAAAAAAUGGAGACAAAGGGCAAAACAGAAAUGGUUGAGGGAAGGGGAUAGGAACACCAAAUUUUUCACCAAUGUGCCACCCAAAGAAGGAAAAGGAAUUUGA